AUGACGCUUGACGCAAAUGGCUUUGCAGCCAUGACAAGCAACAGUUUGGUCGACAUGGCCGGUGAAGAGGGCCUGCCCAUCUUUACCGUUGAGCGGGUGCAGCUCCAGUUCUCUAUCGCGGCCGACUUCGUGGCAGCCCAGGUAGCCAACAACGUGCUUGUGCUGGCCCUGUCCAAUGGGCGCAUACUGCGCAUCGACUUGAACAGACCCGAGGAUAUCGACGACAUCGAUCUGCCCAAGAAGCCGUCCGAAGUAGGCGUUAUCCGGCGCAUGUUCCUCGACCCGACCGCUUCGCAUCUGCUCAUCUGCACAUCCCUGGGCGAGAACUACUACCUGCACUCCCAGUCACGACAGCCGCGCCCACUCGGCCGACUGCGCAGGGUGUCUAUCGAGUCGAUAGCCUGGAACCCGUCAUUGCCGACCGCCUCGACCCGCGAGAUCCUGGUCGGGGCUUCGGACGGAAAUGUAUACGAGACCUUCAUCGAGACCGCCAACGAGUUCUAUAGAAAGGAGGAGAAAUACUUGCAGACCCUCCAGAAAUUACCAGAUGGCCCUAUUACAGGACUAUGGGUGGAUAAUUUGGGAGGGAAGGCGGACCUCAGGAGAGUGCUCAUCAGCACUCAGAGCCGGCUGUUCCACUUGGUGGGCAAGGUAGGACGGAGUCACCAUGAGGGUAGCGGCUCCAUCUACUCGAAGCUGUUUGAAGCCGAACAGCCCGUAAUACAUGAGCUGUCUCAUGGCACGGCAACCGCUCCCUCCUGUCUGGCCAUCUCCCCAGACUCCCCUGAUGCGAAGACCUACGAUGACGUAAUGCCGGAACGAGCUUUUGCCUGGUUAUCCUCUCACGGCGUGUAUCAUGGCAAGCUGCUUGCCGCACCUGCAGCUACCGAGUUGGGGACCAAAGUGUUUGCCGAAUCUAAGCUGUUGCCUAGGUCACAGAUUGUGUCGCCUGAGGCAUCCAGGAAGAAAACGUCAGCUGAGGCUAUCGAGGCAACGAUAUUGACUCAAUGGCACGUCGUAAAUCUAGUCGCCGGACGUAUAGUUACGGCAAACCGGCUCACGGGGUCUAUUGUAUAUGAUCAACACAUCUUAGAUCAGGGCCAGAAAGCCUUGGGACUCUAUGUGGAUCAGCAGAAGAACACCUUCUGGCUAUUCACCGAGCAAGAGGUCUUCGAAAUUGUGGUCCGGGACGAAGAUAGAGAUAUUUGGAAGAUAAUGCUGGAGACGCAGCAGUUUGAUAUGGCUUUACAGUAUGCUCAUACGCUACCACAGAAAGAUGCUGUGGCAAUGGCCUCUGGUGAUUACUUGGUUGGGAAAGGUCUUUUUGUCGAGGCAGCCGGUGUCUACGGCAAAAGUAGCAAACCCUUCGAAGAGGUCGCUCUUGCAUUUAUCGACAACCACCAAAACGAUGCUUUACGGAAGUAUCUACUCACAAAACUUACCAUGUACAAGAAAACAUCCAUCAUGCAGAGGAUGAUGGUAUCGACUUGGUUGGUGGAGAUAUUCAUGGCGAAGCUGAAUGCCCUGGAAGACACCAUCAAGACGGAGGCAGAGUUGGUAGAGAACCUCAACACCGAUCAAUCCAAGCAACAACUAGGCGCAGUCCGGGAUGAGUUCCACGACUUUGUCAACAAGCACAAAUCGGAUCUUGAUCGAAAGACCGUCUACGAUGUCAUCAGCAGCCAUGCCCGAGAAGACGAGCUACUCUAUUUUGCCAGCGCGGUGAACGACUACAACUAUGUACUCUCUUAUUGGGUGCAACGAGAGAGAUGGAACGAGGCUCUAGGGGUACUUAAAAAACAGACAGACCCCGAAGUCUUCUACCGGUACAGCAGUGUCCUGAUGACACACGUUGGCCACGAGUUGGUUGAGAUUCUGAUGAGACACCCCGAUCUGAAACCACGAAAUAUCAUCCCAGCUCUGCUGGAUUACGACCGAAACUUCAAGGGGACGUUGUUCCAGAACCAAGCAAUCCGCUACCUGCAAUAUGUCAUCAACCAACUCAAUUCGACCGAUGCCGCAGUUCACAACACACUGGUGUCUAUCUACGCCUCCCAUCCAUCGAAAGAUGAAUCUGCGCUUCUGUCCUACCUGGAAUCACAAGGGGAAGAACCCCGGUUCGACCCCGACUUUGCGCUGCGUCUCUGUAUUCAGCACAAGCGCACUUUAUCAUGCGUCCACAUCUACACCAAUAUGGGACAGUACGUUCAAGCAGUGGACCUCGCUUUGUCACACAACGAGAUUGAUCUAGCAUCCAUCAUCGCUGAUCGACCCAUGACGAACCCAGUGCUACGAAAGAAGCUCUGGCUUGCAGUUGCGCGCAAGGUCAUCUCCCAGUCCAACGGCAUCAAGACCGCCAUCGAGUUCCUCAAGCGCUGCGAUCUCCUUAAGAUAGAGGACCUGAUUCCCUUCUUUCCCGACUUUGUCGUCAUAGACGACUUCAAAGACGAGAUCUGCAACGCGCUCGAGGACUACUCGCGCAACAUCGACGGUCUGAAGAAGGAGAUGGACGAGAGUUCCCAAACAGCAGCCAACAUUAAGGUUGACAUCGCGGCGCUGGACCAUCGGUACGCCAUUGUCGAGCCAGGCGAGAAGUGCUACGUAUGUGGCCUGCCGCUGCUGAGCAGGCAGUUCUUUGUGUUUCCGUGCCAGCACGCCUUCCACUCCGAUUGUCUGGGGAAGAAGGUGCUGGAGCAGGCUGGCGUGGCGAAAAGCAGGAGGAUUAAGGAGUGUCAGGUGCAGAUUAGCAGGGGUUUGGUGAGUGGUGCGAAGAAGGACGCUAUGGUGGCGGAACUGGACGCGCUUGUCGCUGCUGCGUGCAUUCUAUGUAGCGACUAUGCUAUCAAGCGCAUCGAUGAACCGUUUAUAGGCGUCGAUGACGACAGGACGGAAUGGGUUCUCUAA